CAAUAUCGGAAGUCAACAUGGACUAUACAAUUACCAUGUACCUGAAUCAGUACUGGACCGAUCAGAGGCUGGCAUUCUCUCACAUCACUAACGAUAGUAUGACUUUGUCAGGGGACUUCGCGGAGAAAAUAUGGGUUCCAGAUACGUUCUUUGCAAACGACAAGAAUUCCUUUCUGCACGACGUUACUGAGAAAAACAAGAUGAUAAGGCUUUUUGGGAACGGUUCAAUUAUAUAUGGAAUGAGAUUUACCACAACUCUGGCCUGUAUGAUGGACCUCCAUAACUAUCCGCUCGAUGUACAGAACUGCACUGUGGAAAUAGAGAGCUAUGGGUAUGACAUGGUUGACGUUGAAUUGUUUUGGAAAAAUGAAAAAGUCCAAAAUGUAGACCAAGUUGAACUGCCUCAAUUUGACGUCGUGGAAUACCGAGCCAUCAAUCGAAUUGAGGAAUUACUCACAGGGAAGUACCAACGGUUGUCAUUGAGUUUCAAACUUCAAAGAAACAUAGGCUAUUUCGUGUUCCAAACCUACUUGCCCUCCAUUCUGAUUGUCAUGCUUUCUUGGGUUUCGUUUUGGAUCAACCACGAAGCUACAUCUGCCAGGGUCGCCCUAGGCAUAACCACGGUCCUGACAAUGACAACAAUCAGUAACGGGGUGCGCUCGUCGCUACCGCGUAUUUCGUACAUCAAGGCUAUCGACAUCUACCUGGUCAUGUGCUUCGUCUUUGUCUUCGCCGCGCUUCUUGAGUACGCCGCGGUUAACUAUACAUACUGGGGUGCCCGGGCCAAGCGAAAAGCGAAAAAAGUCAAGGACGGCGCAACCAGUUCUGCCAGCGCCGACAAAAAUAACUCCGUACUGGUUGAGGAACCUAACUGCGAAAACAUAUCUCCACUACCAGCGUUACGACGCAGUUGUCAAAAUGUGUUCAAUUUUGAGACAGAGUGCCAGAGUGAUCAGCCGGUAAUUAGGAUGGCACCUGCGCUGCCAAGAAAUUGUGUUUUGAACAGGGGCUUCACGCCUAACAACGUGCUCAAACGGAGGAACGGCAACCUCGUGCAAAAGAGAAAAAUCUUGUCCACAAUGAGACAAACUGCCAAGAGUCUUAAACCCAAGCUGCCCGUGGUUCGUGAUGUGAACGUUAUCGAUAAAUACGCCCGUCUUGUGUUUCCAUUGCUAUUCAUUUUGUUCAACGCUACUUACUGGGGAUAUUAUCUAACUAAGCAACACCAAAAUCAACUGUGACGCAGGACUGAGCAAUAUUUUUUUAUUUUGUGAUGUUUUGCGAUAAACUCAUCAUCUCAUAAUGUCAACAUCCGUCUUUAUAAAUAUAACAUCAUUAAAGAAAAAACAAAUGUAUAAUAAUUGAGAUGUUUAUUUUUGAGGUAUACUUAACAUCAGG